AUCUAAGUUGGUUGAGAAGUUCUGAAAUGCUUUAUAUUCAUAUACUUUUCAGAGAUAUAAAGGAGUCUCAUCACCAUAAACAAAUGAGGACCAGAGAAGGGGAUUUCCACGGUGAAGGUGUUACGUAAUUGGACCCUUAAUCCAAACUCACCACUGAGAGUAAAGGCUGUGGCACUGAGGAAUAAAGCUCUUGCCGUUAAAAGGGGCUGAAGGCUGCAAGUUGUCCCCAUGGAGAGGGGAACUGAAUAUAACGAGCCGUAGUCAUAGCACGAGAGUUUUGGGUUUGAUGAGGGAAGGCUUUCUAGAAUGAAGUUGGUUAUAAUUUGGAAUGAGUUGCAGAGAAGGAGAUCUUUAAAAACAAGGUAGGGUUAAACCAAAACCAAACCCACUGUCUUUGAGUCAAUUCUGACUCAUAGAAACCCUAGAGGACAGGCUAGAACUGUGCCUUAGGGUUUCCAAGGCUUUAAAUCUUUACAAAAGCAAACUGCCACAUCUUUCUCCAACACAGCAUCUAGUGGAUUUGAACUUAGCAGCUGAGUGCUUAACCACUGUGUCACCAGGGCUCCUUAAGGUUGGGCUAGAUGCGUUAAUUUCUCAAGUCAAGCGACUGGACUGGUGAGCUCUUCAGGCCCCCUUCAGCCCAAGGAUUAUCCUUUGCCCUGCCUCUUUUUGUCUUCUCACUCUCUAUUUUGUGUUUUUGCAUGUGUGUGGCCUGCUUGGUACAGUGGGAAGAAGUCAGUGGCUACGAUGAAAACCUGAACACCAUCCGUACCUACCAGGUGUGCAACGUCUUCGAGCCCAACCAAAACAACUGGCUGCUCACCACCUUCAUUAACCGUCGAGGGGCUCAUCGCAUCUACACAGAGAUGCGCUUCACUGUGAGAGAUUGCAGCAGCCUCCCCAAUGUCCCAGGAUCCUGCAAAGAGACCUUCAACUUGUACUACUAUGAGACUGACUCAGUCAUUGCCACCAAGAAGUCAGCCUUCUGGUCUGAGGCCCCCUACCUCAAAGUAGACACCAUUGCUGCAGAUGAGAGCUUCUCCCAAGUGGACUUUGGGGGAAGAUUGAUGAAGGUCAACACAGAAGUCAGGAGCUUUGGUCCUCUUACUCGGAAUGGUUUUUACCUUGCAUUCCAGGAUUAUGGAGCCUGUAUGUCUCUCCUUUCUGUCCGUGUAUUCUUCAAAAAGUGUCCCAGCAUUGUGCAAAAUUUUGCAGUGUUCCCAGAGACCAUGACAGGGGCCGAGAGCACAUCUCUGGUGAUUGCUCGGGGCACAUGCAUCCCCAACGCAGAGGAAGUAGACGUGCCCAUCAAACUCUACUGCAACGGGGAUGGGGAGUGGAUGGUGCCCAUUGGACGCUGCACCUGCAAGCCUGGUUAUGAGCCGGAGAACAGCAUGGCCUGCAAGGAAGGCCAGUGCAGGCCCUGUCCUGCAGGGACCUUCAAGGCCAGCCAGGAAGCUGAAGGCUGCUCCCACUGCCCUUCCAACAGCCGUUCUCCAUCGGAGGCAUCUCCCAUCUGCACCUGCCGGACUGGCUAUUACCGAGCGGACUUUGAUCCCCCAGAGGUGGCAUGCACUAGUGUCCCAUCAGGUCCCCGCAAUGUCAUCUCCAUCGUCAAUGAGACAUCCAUCAUUCUGGAGUGGCAUCCUCCACGGGAGACAGGUGGGCGGGAUGAUGUGACCUACAACAUCAUCUGCAAAAAGUGCCGGGCGGACCGCCGAAGCUGCUCCCGCUGUGACGACAAUGUGGAGUUUGUGCCCAGGCAGCUGGGCCUGACCCAGUGCAGGGUCUCCAUCAGUAGCCUAUGGGCCCACACCCCGUACACCUUCGACAUCCAGGCUGUGAACGGAGUCUCCAGCAAGAGUCCCUUUCCCCCACAACACGUCUCUGUCAAUAUCACCACAAACCAAGCUGCCCCUUCCACUGUUCCCAUCAUGCACCAAGUCAGUGCCACCAUGAGGAGCAUCACCCUGUCCUGGCCCCAGCCGGAGCAGCCCAACGGCAUCAUCCUUGACUAUGAGAUCCGAUACUAUGAGAAGGAACACAACGAGUUCAACUCCUCCAUGGCCAGGAGCCAGACCAACACUGCACGGAUUGAUGGCCUGCGGCCGGGCAUGGUGUACGUGGUGCAAGUGCGCGCCCGCACUGUGGCUGGCUACGGCAAGUUCAGCGGCAAGAUGUGCUUCCAGACUCUGACAGACGCCGGGGAUUACAAGUCUGAGCUGAGGGAGCAGCUGCCCCUGAUUGCCGGCUCGGCGGCGGCAGGGGUCGUGUUCGUCGUGUCCUUGGUGGCCAUCUCCAUCGUUUGUAGCAGGAAACGGGCUUACAGCAAAGAAGCUGUGUACAGCGAUAAGCUCCAGCAUUACAGCUCCCCAGGGAUGAAGAUCUACAUUGACCCCUUCACUUAUGAGGACCCCAACGAAGCUGUCCGAGAGUUUGCCAAGGAGAUUGAUGUAUCUUUUGUGAAAAUUGAAGAGGUCAUCGGAGCAGGAGAGUUUGGAGAGGUGUACAAGGGGCGUUUGAAACUACCAGGAAAGAGGGAAAUCUACGUGGCCAUCAAGACCCUGAAGGCCGGCUACUCGGAAAAGCAGCGUCGGGACUUUCUGAGCGAGGCCAGCAUCAUGGGCCAGUUUGACCAUCCCAACAUCAUCCGCCUGGAGGGCGUGGUCACCAAGAGCCGGCCGGUCAUGAUUAUCACAGAGUUCAUGGAGAAUGGCGCUUUGGAUUCUUUCCUCAGGCAAAAUGACGGGCAGUUCACGGUGAUCCAGCUGGUGGGUAUGCUCAGGGGCAUCGCCGCUGGCAUGAAGUACCUGGCUGAGAUGAACUAUGUGCACCGAGACCUGGCUGCUAGAAACAUUCUGGUCAACAGUAACCUGGUGUGCAAGGUGUCCGAUUUCGGACUUUCCCGCUACCUCCAGGAUGACACCUCAGACCCUACCUACACCAGCUCCUUGGGAGGGAAGAUCCCCGUGAGAUGGACGGCUCCAGAGGCCAUCGCCUACCGCAAGUUCACUUCGGCCAGUGAUGUCUGGAGCUACGGGAUUGUCAUGUGGGAAGUCAUGUCAUUUGGAGAGAGACCCUACUGGGACAUGUCCAACCAAGAUGUCAUCAAUGCCAUCGAGCAAGACUAUCGGCUGCCCCCACCCAUGGACUGUCCAGCUGCUCUACACCAGCUCAUGCUGGAUUGUUGGCAGAAGGACCGAAACAGCCGGCCCCGCUUUGCAGAGAUUGUCAACACCCUAGACAAGAUGAUCCGGAACCCGGCAAGUCUCAAGACUGUGGCAACCAUCACCGCCGUGCCUUCCCAGCCCCUGCUAGACCGCUCCAUCCCAGACUUCACGGCCUUCACCACCGUGGAUGACUGGCUCAGUGCCAUCAAAAUGGUCCAGUACAGGGACAGCUUCCUCACCGCCGGCUUCACCUCCCUUCAGCUGGUCACCCAGAUGACAUCAGAAGACCUUUUGAGAAUAGGGGUGACCUUGGCAGGUCAUCAGAAGAAAAUCCUGAAUAGCAUCCAUUCCAUGAGGGUCCAGAUGAGUCAGUCACCAACAGCAAUGGCAUGAAAACUCUUUUUCUGGGGGAAGGAGAGGAAGGACAAGGACCAACAGUCAAGGGGAAACAGGAGAUUGACCACUGUGGAAUGUUUUAGAAAGGUCGUCUUCUUAGCUGAGAAUUGCAUUUCUAUCAAUGAAGGAUAAACUGGACCUGUUGCUAAUAGGUAACCCUCGUUUCUCAGUGACAGAAGCACGUGUAAUAUGCCAUGGGAAACCAAAUGCGUAACAAUAAAAAUAUAAAAAGGCAAUUUUUCAAAGGACAUGAAGCUGAAACAAUAUUCCUUGGGGGAAUAAGAGUAAACUCCGCUUCCACCCUCAGUAGGCUGGAGUCGUCCAUCCAUAGGAAGAAAGGGAAGGAGGUAGAGUGAAGAAACAGAAGCAGUUCUCCAUUUUCUUCCUCACCAAUGACAUUCUUUUCUUUUCUCCUUUUGUCUUCCUCCCCCAGAGCCCCCUCCCUUCUCCCACAUUCAUGUCCCUUUGCUCAUGACCCGUGUAGGGAAGUUUCUUCAAAUAAACCCCAGCUCCUGAGUCUCCAGAUGUUGUUCUGUCAGUUGCCAAAGGACUUUGCUGACCACUGCAUGGGGGAUCCCACCAAUUCAA